CAGCGUGACCUGAGUCAUGGCGGGAACAGACAACACGAUUGACAUCCCGGCCCUGGGCCGCCCGUUCCAGCUGGGAAUGCUGUACGACUGCCGCAAAGACUCCCUGAUCCCAGGAAUCACCCUUUGGGACCAAGACUCCCUUCAGAAGGACCUGGAUAUCAAACCCCAGCCCAAGACGGAAUCAGAGAUCAUUGCUUCCGACUCCAUUGAUGAUAAGGCCUCUGCCCUCAAUGUCUCAGCAUCGCUCAAGGCCAGCUUUUUGGGUGGAAUGGUUAAAGUGGAAGGGUCAGCCAAGUACCUUCAAGACACCAAGCAGUCCAAGCAACAGGCCAGAGUCACUCUGCAGUACAAAGCUACCACCAAGUAUUCACAGCUGACCAUGAGCCAUUUGGGAAUCCAAAAUGUCUCUUAUCCAGCAGUUUUCGACCAUGGCACAGCCACCCACGUUGUCACUGCCAUCUUGUAUGGAGCCCAGGCUUUCUUUGUGUUUGACCGAAAUGUCUCUUCUUCCGAGUCCGUGCAAGACAUACAAGGAAGCCUCAAAGUUAUGAUACAGAAGAUGGUCACUAUUGAAGGCGAGGCAGCCCUCCACAUGAACGACCAGGAAAGAAACCAUGCAAGUCAGUUCAACUGCAAGUUCUAUGGAGAUUUUUCUCUGGAGAGCAAUCCAGUGACUUUUCAAGAUGCCAUGAAAGUCUACACUGCUCUGCCCAAAAUGCUGGGUACCAAUGGGGACAAGGCUGUGCCUGUCAGAGUUUGGCUGUACCCACUGACCAAGCUGGAUUCCAAAGCAGCUAAGAUGGUGCGUGAGAUCAGCUUAGCACUCAUCUAUGAUGCCCAAAGCGUCAUGGAGCAACUGAGCGAAAUCGAUAUGAGAUGCAAUGAUCUGGCUGCUAAUCCCAUUGCUAGCACCUUCCCAGAAAUAAAGUUGAAAAUCAAGAGAUUCCAGGAUUUCUGCAAGCAACACAGGCAGACUUUCCAGCAAGAUCUGGCAGGAAUCUUGCCUUUGAUCCGGGGAGGGGGGAAAGAGGAAAGAGUUCUGGUAGACAUCUUAACAUCCAUAAAUCAAUCACCCUUCAAUGGCCAAAGACUCAAUGAAUUUUUGGACACCAAGGAACGAGAGAUAAAUAUGGUCAAGUCUUACCUUGAUAUCCUGAGUGAGUUAGAAACCAUCUCCUCCCAGAAUAAACUGGAAGAGGUAGUGCUUAACCACCAGAAUGAAUUUGUUGUCUCAUUUACAUUCACCUCUUUGCAUGAUAAGGAACCAUUUUUAACCAGCUUACAACACUUUCUUCAGAAACGAUCAGCAGAUCCUACAGGAGUCCAGAAUGCACCUGAGGAGUGGAAUGCUUGGUUUGAGCGAAAAGACAUACAGAGAAAAGCUCGGAAAGCUGCCAAAUCCAUUGUUGAUUUUGCCCAAGUCAAUGAAUCCAAUGGGAAGACCCGGUUCCUUGUGGCUUCUGUCCCAGAUCAGGACAACCCAGGAGCUACCAUUUAUCUCUAUGAAGAUGGGGAGAUGGUCAACAGCAACUUUGAGCUGCCCUCAAAACCUCUCCCUCCACUGAUUGGCCGAAUUGGACAUGAGAGUGUGCAGCUGACAUUUCAACCAGCUGAGUAUGGGAGGGCUUCAAUCUCUAGCUAUCAAGUAGAGUACAAGAUUGCAGGAGAAGAAAAUUGGAAGAUUGUGAAUACUGAGGACAGUCAGGAGACAUUCCAAGUGAGAGGGUUGGGCGCAAACACAGAAUACCAAUUCCGAUACACUGCUAGGAGCAAACCAGGACUUAGUGAGACUAGUGAUUUGAGUAGAUCUUUAAAGACACUUCCUACCAGCCCUCCUGGGAAACCGAGAGAGAGAACUGUAGAGUCUUCCCAAAUCAGUCUUGUCUGGGAGAGACCAAAGGUCAUUGGAACUGAUAUAAAGGAGUACAAAGUGGAGUACAGGGGGCUGGUGGGCGAUAAGGACAGAUGGAAUGAAAAAAGAACCGGGGCAAGAACUGAGUCCUGCCAGCUGGAUGGGCUGAAGCCUCACAGAACCUACAGACUCAGAGUCUCAGCUGUAUGUUUUGAUGGGGCUGAGAGUGAGCCCAGUGAAGAGACUGAGAUUUCCACAGCAAUGGAAGAAGAAGAAGAAGAAGGGGCAAAUAUACUAGCUCGAAAAUACCUCCAGGAAAGCACCCUGGUGGAAGAUGGGCAACCAUCCGUGUAUGUACUUCCCCUGGAGGCCACCUCAGAUCGAUCGGCCCCCGUCCAAAUGUAUCAGCUAGGAAAAGAGAACAUGCAGGUCCCCAACAAAGUAAUCGUGAUGAUGGGGGCAACAGGGUCAGGGAAAACCACUCUCGUCAAUGCCAUGAUCAAUCAUAUCCUGGGUGUGCAAUGGGAAGAUGAUUUCCGAUUCAAACUCAUUCAGGCUGGAAGUCAGUCCUCAGAAGUGACCGCCUAUGUAGUACACCACCAAAAAGGUUUUGAAGUCCCUUAUUCUCUCACUUUCAUUGACACUCCAGGAUUUGGAGACAUGGGAGGUAGGAAGCAGUACAAACGGAUAACAAAGCAGAUCCGGGAGUUUUUCUCCACCCCGGGAGGAACGGAUCAUGUCGAUGUCAUCUGUAUUGUACUUCAGGCCUCCAGUGCUGCCUUAACUCGUGCCCAGAAAUACGUCUUUGACUCUGUGCUCUCCAUUUUUGGGACAGAUAUAAGGAACAACAUCCAGAUCCUGAUCACCUUUGCAGAUGGACAUUCUCUUCCUGUUUUGGAAGCCAUGAAGAAGGAGGAUGUGCCAUGCAUUAAAGAUUCCAGUGGUAGCCCAGUUCACUUCAAAUUCAACAAUUCAGCUCUGUUUGCCAACAAUUCUGAAGAGAAUGAAGGGAACCUAAAUCCUAAUGACAAGUUCUGGAAAAUGAGCACUGCAAGCAUGAAGAGAUUUUUUGACACGUUAAGCUUACUAGACAGUGAAAGUUUAACUCUGUCAAAGGAAGUGCUCAGGGAACGGAAGGAGCUAGAAGCCAUCACAGAAGGGUUGCAGCCCCAAAUCAGAGCUGCCCUUGGAAAGCUGGAAGAGUUGAGGAAGACGAGACAAGCUCUGGAGGAACACAUUUUUGAUAUAGCAGUCAACAUAAACUUUGAGUUUGAAGUAGAAAAAUCUGUGCCAGGGAAGGAAGACAUCUCUGCCUCUGGAAGAUUCACAACCAAUUGCAUGAACUGUCACUACACCUGCCAUUAUCCUUGCCCGAUCCGGAGAGAUGAGGGCAAGCGCCGUUGUGUAGCUAUCAAUGCAAAUACGGGAAAAUGCAAUGUCUGUCCUGGCCACUGCGCGUGGAACAUGCACUUCAAUCAGAAAUACCUGUUUGAAUAUAAAGUAACAAAAGAGAUUAAGUCCUAUGAUGAGUUGAAGCAAAAGUAUGAAGACUCCUCUGGAGAGGCGAUGACCCCAGAGAAGGUGCUUGGAAAUCUCAACCAGGAAUACAAAGAGGCUAAGCAAGCCUUAGAAGACCUCAUCCAGAAAUCAUCUCAAAGCCUCCAGCGCUUGCAUCAAAUUGGGUUGAAGCCCAACCUGCUCUCCACCCAAGAAUACAUUGACCUGCUCAUCAUUUCAGAAGAGCAGGAUCUGAAGCCUGGAUACCAGGAGAGAAUCCAAUUGCUGAAGGAAGUGAGGGAAUCUGUUGUAAACAAUGAGUGCCCUCUGCUAGUGGAUCAAGAUCUGUACGACCCAAGUGAACAAGAAAAGUUCUCCUCCCUGCGGGCCAGAUUUAGGAAGUUUAUUUGCUUCUGAUGCCCAUCUGCACCCGGGCAUCUGGCAGCUGUUAUCAAGUGUUUAAAAUAAGGGAGUAUUUUCUAAAUUGGCGCACACACCCUCUGAUUGCUUUUGGCUAUCAGUAGUGAUUUCAAGUUAUAGGGCUGUUAAUUAGACCAGAGUUGGGAUAUGUGUGUGGGGGGUGCUGCCAGAUUAUUCACGCUGCUUCUUGCCGGGCUGCUUCUCCCCCCAGGAAAACCGCAGCAGUAAUGUUUGCUGCUUUAGCUAAAUUUGCACUAUUUCCUCACCUGGCUUUGAGGUCUGUCACCUGGCAGAUGACGAGGGGCAUUUAGGUAGGUACUUAAAAUGCUUUGCGCUUGGACUAUUGACACAACUUUGUAUACAAGUUCCAUAUGCUGAUUUAUAUGUAGAGGUGAAAAUCUGGGUCUCUGAGCAAAUUGAGAUGACGGUUGGCUGGGGAACACCCUGGUGAUGUGCUUUCCGUCAUGCCCAAACACCCCAUUAACCAAAAUUAGAAUAAAAUAAAAUAAGGGGAGUUACUCCCAAACUACACCCUUACUUUUGACUACCCAGCAUCUCAUCUCCCUCCGUCUUACAUUUUCCUGGAACAAAACUCUUAGAAGGUAUUCCUUUUGACGCUUCCAUUCCAAUCAGUCCCAACCAGUCCCAACCCUGGGUUAUAGGGUGGUGUGAUGUUCUCAUGAUGAGGAGAACUUCUCAAGGAGCGCCUCAUAGGCUGCAGAAGGGUCCUUUGUACCCACCUUAGCAUAAGAUGGUGGUUGGAAGUCAUUCUCUGUAUGUGCCUUCGAUUUUUUUAUUUUUUUCCCCUUUGAAACUUCAGCUGAUCCAUAACAUUCCAGCCUAUUGACUGGAGCUACUUAGCUGGGAUAUAUGCGACCCCUUUGCCGCAACUGCUGCAUUGGCUCCUCAUUCAUUUCCAAGCCCAAUUCUAAGUGAAGGUUAUAAGUUCAGAAGCCUUAAAGGGCUUACGAACUGGGGAGGCUCCCCUCUGCGUUCCGCCAGAAUCAGAGGCAAGAUUGCAACCCCCAGAAAGGCUGCUCCAGCCCAUUCUCUGCUACUCAUCUGCAAGAUGACACUCACCUUUGCUCUUCACUUCUAGUCACAGGCCUGGGCUCUUCAGGUCCGUGUCUAAACUCUUUUUCUUUGUUUUGCUCCACUACUUUCCCCAUGAAAACCCGCUCUUUGCUGCUGAAUCGAAACAGACGCCCACGGAAAGCCUGAAUUGCUGUUUGCUCCAACUCAAUAGUGAAAAUCAGGUUUCCCCGGGGGAAGCUGUGGGGGGCGGGGGGAGUGCUUGGACAUGAACCAGGAAAGCAUGGGCCUGUGCCUAGAAAUUGCAGGUCAAAAUGUGCAUAAUCCCAAAGACUUAUUGUGCCCUAGCUGUGUAUUUCACCUUGCCAUAUUUGAUCUAUCCUGAGACAGGCUUUUACUGCUAUAUUCUGCUGUUUUCACUCGCUUUAUUCUUUCUGAUCAUUUUCUUAUCAAUAGCCAUGCUGGAAAAAAGAGAUAUAAACUUAUUUAAAUAAAUAAGAAUGCAACAAAUACUGUCCAUCAACUUAGCCCUUGAUAUAACUGACCUUGCAGAAAUGCUAUCUUGCUACUGCUUGUGCCAGCAGUACCUUCAAAGGAAGCCCUGGAUAUCUCAGCUU